AAUUUCACUCGCAGUUGGCCGUUUCGAUGCAUCCGAAGCCCAACAAUGAAUCAUUAGCUCUCGAUAACAUUCCGGCAUAUCAUCAGGAAACCAUCACAAAUAUCGAAAAUGAGUACGAUAUCAUGACUACAGCUACUAAACGGACGCUCUCCAUUCUAAAUUUCAUUCUAAAGGA